AUGUUCAUCACAGGCGCCAGCUCUGGCAUCGGGCUCGCUUCUGCCAAGCUCUUCUUCGAGAAGGGCUGGAACGUCGUCGCGACGAUGCGCACCCCGGAGAAGGACACCGAGCUCAAGCAGCUCGACUCGAGCCGCAUGCUCGUCCUCCGCCUCGACGUGCAGGACCUGGCCAGCAUCGCGCCCGCUGUUGACGCUGCCCUCGCCAAGUUUGGCACGUUUGACGUGCUCCUGAACAACGCGGGAUACGGCCAGGUCGGGCCCUUCGAGAUGACGCCGCGCGAGAAGAUACAGGAGCAGUUCGACGUCAACCUCUUUGGUCUGAUGGACGUCACGCGCGCCGUGCUCCCGCACUUCCGCAAGCACAAGAAAGGCGGGAUCAUCAACGUCAGCUCCGGAGCGGGACAUUCCGCCCCGCCGAUGAUGUCGAUGUACGUCGCGAGCAAGUUCGCGCUCGAGGGCUUCACGGAGGCUGUCGCGUUCGAGCUUGCGAGCCAGGGCGUGUUCGUCAAGACGGUCGUCCCGCUGGACGGAAUCGGCGCGACGAGCUUCACCGCCCGCGCCACGGCAUCUGCCGCCUUGGACGCCGCGUUAAUGCCAGACUACGGCGCCUUCGUCGACAAGUCCGUGGAGGCGCUUGGGAAGUUGGGAGCGGGCAACGGGAUCGAGUCCAAGGACAUUGCGCAGGCGAUAUUCGAAGCGGCGACGGACGGUACGGAUCAGCUGCGGUAUUUUGUGGGGGAUUAUGAGCGGAGCCUUGUCAAGGUGCGGUAUGGGUCUAAUGACCAGGAGUAUGUUGCACAUGUGCGUUCUUUCUUCCAGUAG